AUAUUCUAUCUACAUGCUCCAAGUCUUCGGAUCUCGAAACCUAUCAACACACUUAAUACACAAAAACUAGCAAUACAUAAGCAUACUCGAUCAUGCCGCUCAAAUUUGUAUGUGUUAUGAACAGGACCGUUCCAUCCCCUUCGCCACCACCCUCGAAGCAACCGACAAGCUCCACAAAGCUGGCAAAUUCAAACGUCUCGGCCUAAGCAACUACACGGCCUUCGAAGUCGCCGAGAUAGCAACGAUAUGCGCCCACCGGAACUUCGUGCGGCCGACGAUCUACCAGGCGCUGUAUAACUGUCUGUUCCGCAACAUCGAAGACGAACUCAUACCAGCGUGUCGUCGGUACGGCAUCGCCAUCGACGCGUACUCGCCCACGGGAGGAGGGUUCCUCUCAGGCACGAUCACGAGCGUUGAUGCGAAGAUCAAGGAGGGCCGGUAUGCGGCCGGGGGACCGAUGAGCCAUCUUACGCGCGGACGGUAUUUACGGGAAGGUAUUAUUGAGGGCGCGGGGAUUAUUAGGACGGCCGCUGAGAAAGAAGGGGUUCACCCGCUUGAAGUUGCUAUGAGGUGGAUUAAACACCAUUCUAAGCUUAAGAAAGAGUUUGGAGAUGGGGUCGUCAUUGGAUUUUCGAGUCUGGAUCAGUUGAAGUUUAAUCUGGAUGCGCUUGGUAAAGGACCGCUGAGUCAAGAUCUGGUGCAGGCUGUGGAGAAUGCGUGGAGAGCGGCGAAGCCUGAUGCUGAUGUUUACUGGCAGUUGCCCUUGGUUUAUGGGUAUGAUACCGUCCAAGAGAUGUUUGGGAAGUCAGGGUAGAUAAUUAUGGAAUAUGUGGCUAGGUUUAGGGAUGCGGAUAUUGGCGGUGUAUAUAUUUAUAUACCUAUAUACACAUAUAUAUGCAGGUGUACGCGUAUAUCUAAUGAUUGAUGAGAUUGCUUCUUGAA